UCCCCUCUCCCUCCUUUGUCGUUUUGCAAUCGUUAUUUCUAUUUUUAUUUUUUAUUAUAAGGAGCGAAUAAAUUUGACGUUUCGUCCAACGCGUGCGGCUUUGGUUCACCAUCGCGAUUGGGCGACAUAUGACAGCCGAGCGAAGGUUCGACUCCUCACUAUUUUGUGUUGGCAGAUACGCCACGUUGGAACCGGGAUAUAUAUUUAUUUAUAAAAACAUAGUCGGCCGGGCGGUUUUCAAUCAACGGAAAGGCUGUUUUGCGUUUUUUCUUCAUUGGUAAACGUGAAUUGAUGAACUGGUAAGAGAUGAAAGUCAAGGAAAUAGAACGGACUGUCAACACCUCCUGGUCACCCGUGGACUACCAUCCGAUCCUCUUGGCAGCUGGAACUGCAGCGCAGCAGCUCGAUGCAUCCUUCAACACCUCUGCGGCACUUGAGAUUUACGCUCUCAACCUUACCGAGCCGAGUCUUGACUUAGAGCUUAAGACUUCUGUCCCGAGUGCCCAUCGAUUCCACAAAGUGUCAUGGGGUGGAACAGGGGCUGGUAUUAUCGUCGGAGGUUGCGACAAUGGUGUUUUACAGAUGUACAACGUCUCAAAGCUACUUGAACAGGAAGACAGUCUGAUCGCGAAUCCAGAAAGACACUCUGGGCCUGUUCGCGCACUAGAUUUCAAUCCUUUUCAAAAAAAUCUCCUCGCUACUGGUGCAACUAACAGUGAAAUUUUUAUAUGGGACAUGAAUAACACUGCAACACCAAUGACGCCCGGUAGCAAAUCCCAGCCUUUUGAAGAUGUCGCCUGGCUCGCAUGGAACCGUCAAGUCCAACAUAUUCUUGCAUCCACUUUCCCUACUAGGUCGAUAGUUUGGGAUUUGAGGAAAAACGAGCCGAUAAUUAAACUCACCGAUACUACGACCAGAGUCAGGUGGAAAGUAGUGUCCUGGCAUCCUGAAGUGGCAACACAGUUGUGUUUGGCAUCAGAAGAAGACACAAGUCCCCUCAUACAACUCUGGGAUCUCAGAUUUGCCACGGCACCCGUCAAAACCUUCCAUGGGCAUACUAGAGGUGUACUUUCAUUGGCAUGGUGCAGUCAGGAUCCAGACUUGCUUAUCAGCAGUGGUAAAGAUAAUAAAAUAUUUUGUUGGAAUCCAAACACUAAUGCUCCAGAUGGAGAAAUUGUUUGUGAAAUACCAAAUUCUCAGCAGUGGAUAUUUGAUGUGAGUUGGUGUCCAAGGAAUCCAUCAUUGAUAGUCAGCUCGAGCUGUGACGGUCACACAAGUAUUUACUCUUUAUCUGGAGGAGGCGGAGGCCAAAUGCAGAUUAGUAAUAAUAAGAUUGCAGAAUCCUUCCCAGGAAUGGGCGACUAUUCGGAGACGCAGCUUCAUGCCCAGCAGCCGGUAGUAAACUUGAAAAAUGCACCAAAGUGGCUUAAGAAGCAGUCGAGUGCUCGUUUUGGAUUCGGUGGGAAAUUAGUCACGGUAGGUAAUAGCGGCGUAAACCUACUUCAAGUCCAUGAAGACAGCAGCUUCUUGGAAAGGGCAAGCCAGUUGGACCAGAAAAUCGCGGAAGGGAGGUUUCAUGAGAUAUGCCAAGGGAAACAGGACCCGGUUUGGCGAUUCCUCGAAGCCAGUUUUAGCCCACAUCCCAGAGUCGCAAUUGCAGACCUUCUUGGAUAUAAUAGAGAAUCAGUAUUACAAUUGUUAGGUCUACCAAAGAGUAAAAACGAUGUUGACCAUCUAUCAGGGCAGUUUUCAACUUUAGGACAGGAUGGUCUAGAUAAUGCAGAAGGGCUCGGUCAAUCAAAUUUUGUAAAUAGUCAACAUGUAAAUGGAGGAGACGUUUUUGAGAAUUUAUCAGCCCAACAGACUCCUGAAAAGAAUGCCGCUUUUAAAAUUCAAACAGAAAAUGAUGUGGAUGGCAGAGUGUGUAAAGCUUUGCUUGUCGGUGGAGUCGAAGAAGCAAUAGAAAUAUGUUUAAAUGAGAAUAAAAUGGCCGAUGCACUCAUUCUGGCGAUGGCCGCUGGUCCUGACACCCUCGCCAAAACCCAACUGAAGUAUUUCCAGAAGCGUGAAGGUUAUUUGACUAAUAUAAUUAGUGCACUUGUGAGUGAAGAUUGGUCCUUCGUUAUUCAAAAUUGUGAGCUGACGAGUUGGAAAGAGGCCCUGACCGCCAUUCUGACGUACAGCUGUGAAGAAUCAUUACCAGAACUAUGCAGAGCUCUUGGAGAGAGACUGGAGCAAGCAGGCGGUGAAUUUUCCUCUUGUGCUGAUAUUUGUUACAUUGCAUCGGGUAAUGUUGCUCCCCUUAUUCACAAACGGACUUCAGAAGUGACAUUAACCCCUUCAAAUAUACAGGAUUUGGUCGAACUUGUAUUGGUGGCAAAAGCAGCGAUGGCUUCUCAUGGUCAUAACCUCCCGAUUGUCGGCGAUGUGGCAAAUCUAAUUGUCAACUACGGUGAAAUCCUUGCAGCUCAAGGUGACCUUGUAUCAGCAUUGAAAUAUCUGAAUGACUCGCAGGAUGAGAAAGUGGUUGAAUUGAGAACAAGGCUAGGAUGUGCUUUGGGAGAGACGAUGCAGUCCCAAUAUCCUGUGCACAUGGGAAAUUCCCAAAUGGCUCAGCAACCCAGCAAACAGAUUGUUCAGAAUAUGAGAAAGCAGUCUAUACCUUUCCAAACAGUACAACAAAAUCAACAUUUAAAUUCAUUCGGGAAACCUUCAAAUGUUGGUCAACCUCCAGUACCUCCUAGCCCUGUACCAAUGUCCAAUUACGGAAUGCCAGCUCCACAGGUGCCUAAAGCCAUGCCUGCUCAUACACCGGCCCCUCCACCUCCUGGAAAUGCAUUUACUCGAAACUCGCCGAGCCCUCAGAUACAAGGAAGCACGAUGAAAAAAUAUGUAGUGGAUCCUUCAGUAGGUGGAGGUGGGUAUAACCGAGGGCCUUCUCAAAUGUACAACCAUCAAGGGUCGCACAUGCCUAUGUUCAGUGGAAAUCAAGUUCCUAGUUCAGUACCCAACUUCCAAUCUCCGCCUGUUUCUUCAUUCAACACAGCAGUAUCGAUGCACUCACCGUCUUUCUCUAGUUUCCAACCACCACCAGUUUCAACGUAUCAGCAAGCAACGCCUUCGCAAUUCCAGCCGAAUGUUGGAGGAGCUGGCGAUGGAAGAUUUAAUCCAAAUUUCCCCCCGGCGCAGCAUUAUAAACCGGCUCCUCCGGCUGCUGCUUUACCAGCGCAAGAACCUUCGCAUUUUACACCAGCUCAGAACUUCAAUUAUAACCAGCCAGGAAUGGCAAAUCAAGAAAUUCCGUCAGCUCAACAUGGCCCAGCAUCUGGUUGGAACGAUCCCCCUGUACUUACACCAAGAUCCAAUCAAAGAUCUGAAACCGAGAUGUCUGCAAUACAUUCUGGUUUGAAGAUUUACAAGGCUAAGAAGACUCAGCCCAAACAGGAAUUUACACCUCAGAACCCAAUCACCCACCCUCUGUUUGGAAGUGAGCCACCACCAUUGAAGCCUGAAAUGCAGGCAUCUCAAAACCAUUCGCAACAGUUAGCACAUCAAAGCAUGCCACCUAUGCAGCAACACUAUCAAGCGGCGUCGGUUGGAAGUUAUGGAGAACCACCGAUGUCGAUGAGUAGACCAGCGACUGAAUCAUCUCAGCCGAAACCACCAAUGCCUCAACAUUACCUCCACAUCCAGACAACUUUCGAAGAACUUAGGAAUAAAUGUUUAAUCAAAUCUCAGAAUAAUGCUCUAAUCAAACGAAAACUUGAUGAUGCUGCCAGGAAGCUAGAAACACUGUAUGAACUACUUAGAAAUGGAAUGUUGUCGUCUAAUAUAUUGAGCAGUUUGGAGCGUCUGGUCCAGGCUGUCCACAAUGUUGACUACACGACUGGCCUUGGGAUAAUAACACAAAUGGUCUCCGGUCCAGAUUUCUCACAGAUUGCAACAUUUAUGACUGGCCUGAAGAUACUGCUGCAAACGGCCCAACAACUCAUGGUCAAUUAGCUUCUUUUACAGUAUGAGUUUGGGAAAACAAGGGUUGUAAAAAUGUGAGUGGGAAAUCGCUGGUUAAUGAGAUUGAUCGGCAUGAGAAAACAACAAAAAUAAAAAAAGAUGCGAUAUCGCUUUUAAACACA